GCCAGUAUGAGGGCGGGGCCACAUGGAGCACGAUAAGGUUGUUGUCUGCUUCUCUGUUAGCUUUAAGACUCAGUGUUUGGCUGUAACGUCCUGUGGCGCUGACCUGUCGACAUGGCGGACAACAGAGAGAAAACCACGGACCAGAUGAAGCAGUGGCAGCAGAGCAGAGGCGCCCAGAGGCCAGACACACUGACCACAGGAGCUGGUCAUCCUGUUGGAGACAAGCUGAACCUGCUGACUGCAGGACCUAGGGGCCCCCUGCUGGUCCAAGAUGUGGUCUUCACUGAUGAGAUGGCGCACUUUGACAGGGAGCGAAUCCCAGAGAGAGUGGUGCACGCCAAAGGUGCAGGAGCGUUUGGUUACUUUGAAGUGACUCAUGACAUUACCCGCUACUCCAAGGCCAAGGUGUUUGAGCAUGUCGGCAAGACGACACCUGUCGCUAUUCGCUUUUCCACUGUUGCUGGGGAGACAGGAUCAGCAGAUACAGUGCGAGACCCCCGAGGCUUUGCUGUCAAGUUUUACACUGAGGAGGGCAACUGGGACCUGACAGGCAACAACACCCCAAUUUUCUUCAUCAGGGACGCCCUGCUGUUCCCGUCCUUCAUCCACUCCCAGAAGCGCAACCCCCAAACCCACAUGAAAGACCCUGACAUGGUGUGGGACUUCUGGAGCCUGAGGCCUGAGAGUCUGCAUCAGGUGACUUUCCUGUUCAGUGAUCGAGGUUUGCCCGAUGGCUAUCGCCACAUGAACGGCUACGGCUCUCACACCUUCAAACUGGUCAAUGCUGAUGGAGAGCGUUUCUACUGCAAGUUCCACUUCAAGACUGAUCAAGGAAUUAAGAAUAUGUUGGUAGAGGAGGCAGAGCGCCUGGCAUCCACCAACCCAGAUUAUGCUAUUGGAGACCUGUUUAAUGCCAUUGCCAAUGGAAACUUCCCAUCCUGGACCUUCUACAUCCAGGUCAUGACCUUUGAGCAGGCUGAGAAGUUCCAGUUCAAUCCGUUCGAUCUUACAAAGGUUUGGUCGCAUAAAGAGUACCCCUUGAUCCCCGUGGGCAAAAUGGUUCUCAACAGGAACCCGGUCAACUACUUUGCAGAGGUGGAGCAGCUGGCCUUCGACCCCAGUAACAUGCCGCCAGGCAUUGAAGCGAGCCCCGACAAGAUGCUGCAGGGUCGUCUCUUCUCUUACCCAGACACACACCGACAUCGGCUGGGAGCCAACUACCUGCAGAUCCCCGUCAACUGCCCCUUCAGGGCCCGUGUGUCCAACUACCAGCGUGAUGGUCCAAUGUGUAUGUUUGACAACCAAGGUGGUGCUCCAAACUACUAUCCCAACAGCUUCAGUGCCCCAGAGACCCAGCCUUGCUGUGUGGAGUCCAAGUUCAAGGUGUCUCCAGAUGUGGCCCGUUACAACAGUGCUGACGAAGAUAAUGUUACACAGGUUCGAACCUUCUACACCCAGGUGCUGAAUGAAGAGGAGCGUCAGAGACUUUGCCAGAACAUGGCCGGGGCCCUGAAGGGAGCCCAGCUCUUCAUCCAGAAUCGCAUGGUGGAGAACUUGAAGGCCGUCCAUCCAGACUAUGGAAACAGGGUUCAGACUCUUCUCAACAAGCACAAUGCAGAGGCUAAGAAGAACUCAACUGUGCAUGUUUACAGCCGUCCAGGUGCCUCCGCUAUCGCUGCCUCCUCCAAGAUGUAAUGCCUUCAAUUUCUGUCAGAGAAUCAGCCCCAACUUAUUUCUGUCUGAGAUCAAAUGCACUUGUGUGAUUGUGAACAGCUUUUACCAGUAACAAGAUGAUAUAUUACUUAAGAAGAUUGAAAUACUUACCUUGCAUUGGCAGGGUUGUGUGAUUUUCUUCAACAUUCUCAAAGAUGGCAAUAUUCAAGAGGCUCAUGACUUUUUAAAUAAAACAUAGAUCAUAGUGUGUUUAUACCACUUAACAUCUGCUACAUAAAGCCUUGAAAAUUAUUUUAAAAUACAGGCUUUUAUUUGUGUUUUUGAUUGUAUGGCAUAUAAUGAAAUAAUUCCAACUGCUGUGAAGUAGUUCGAGUUUGAGUUCAGCUUGUUUCCAAUAAAUCCUCAGGUUGUGAUUAAACUACUAGGUUGUUAUGAUCUGAUUUUCUCAUUAGGUAAAGUAAAAAGAACAACAUUAUAAAAAAGGCAUUCAAUUCUGAAUUCGGGUGUGAGCCUGUAUUUGUGAUUCGGGAUUUACUCAUGACUUUGCUGACUGUGGCGUUUUAGUUUUCACUGUGUGUAAAGAGGAGUUUGAAGCUACUUUUCCCCAUGAUAGAUUGAACUACUGACAACAAUUAUUUACUAAAUUCAGAUGAGUAAAAAUUACAGUAAGAAAUCUCGAGAUGGGUGCUGGGUGUCUACGUGUCUAUACAGAUAUGGAAUUCAUAAAGAAUGAGUUUCCAGAUUACAUAUUUUCUCACAGCUAACAAAAACACUCUUCUGUGCCUUUUUUGUACAAAAACUACAAAAUGCAAGUGACUUUAACUUUUAAUGUGAAAGAAUCUGUUUUCCUGGUUUUGAUUAUAGACAAAGUGACUCCUUGUUCACAUGUAAAAAGAAAAAUAAUGUUUGAAGACUCGAAUUGGCAUUAGAUCUACAAGUUUGAAUCUUAAAUGAAUAACUGUCCCUGUCAUUGUUUCUGUUAUUUUAAAAAGUAUAUUACAGAGAAGUAUAAAUUUGUCAUGUUGGAGCAUGAUCACAACACUCUAAGCUAUUUAAACCAAAUGCAUCGCUGUCCAAUAUGAAUUAUCCUUGUAACCUGCUGUUGUUGUGCAUUUCAGAACUCUCAAGUGAUCUGAUCUGAAUGUAACCUUUUUUCAAAUGAGAUGUAUACUUGAUCUGUAUGAAUUAUUUUAUAAUCAUAGUUUAUCAG